GAAUGUCAAACAUGGAUAUAAGAACCGAAAUGAACAUAUCUGAAGACCAAAUUCAGUCCACAAACUGUUCUACAACAGCCACUAACCAACUCGAGGGCGUCUUACUGGACGGUCUGGAAGACAGUACAAAACUGUUGGGUGUUCAAGUGAUCUUGAUUUUGGCUUACAGCACCAUCAUCAUCUUUGGCGUGACUGGGAACUCCUUGGUCAUAUAUGUCGUGUACAAAUUUAGAAAUUUACACACGGUGACUAACUAUUUCAUUGUAAACCUGGCUGUAGCAGACUUGUUGGUGAACACACUGUGUUUGCCUUUCACUUUGAUGUACACGCUCUACGGAGAAUGGAAAUUCGGACAGGUGAUGUGUUACCUGUUGCCUUAUGCGCAAGGCUUAGCUGUCCACGUUUCCACCAUCACGCUCAAUGUUAUCGCGCUGGACAGAUACCGUAGCAUUGUCUACCACAUGGAAACCAAGAUGUCAAAAGACAUGUGCGUAGUCGUCAUCGUGAUCACAUGGGUGGCAAGCGCGAUCCUCGCCAGUCCUCUAGCUAUCUUCCGCGAAUAUGUGACCUUUGACCUAUCGCCUGAGCGGAUCAUUCAGGGCUGUGCUGAGAAGUGGCCUGGAAGCAGUGCGGAUGGCACGGUCUACAGCAUCGCCAUGUUCUUCCUCCAGUACGGCCUGCCGUUGUCGAUCAUUUCCUUCGCAUACACUCGGAUCUGGAACAAGCUUCGGAAUCACGUCAGCCCCGGCGGAGGCCACAGCGAUCGCCAUCAACGCCGACAGAAGACCACGAAGAUGCUGGUGGCCGUAGUUGUGGUCUUCACCGUUAGCUGGCUGCCCUUUCACGCCUUUCAGCUUGCUGUGGAUAUUGACAGCAGCGUAUUAGAAAUGAAAGACUACCGAUUGCUCUACACGGCUUUCCAUGUUGUGGCCAUGUGCUCCACGUUUGCCAAUCCCAUCCUGUACGGAUGGAUGAACAGCAACUAUAGAAGAUCCUUUCUGGCCGUGUUCAAGUGUGGAAGGUUAAGCAAUGGAAUGAGAAGGGUUUGUAGCAGCGAAACAGUAAGCGAGAAAUGCACACGCAGUAAGCAAAAUACAAUCAGUGCGGCCUUCAAACAAGAAAACACUCUACUGUGA